CUACGUUUUUCAUCUCUAAAAAUUCUCCUGAACUUCUCUCUCUCGCAUAACAAACUCCAAUUUUUGAGGAAUAUAUUCUUCAACCUGGCAGCACUGCAGUCAAGACACAAUCGUCUGCAACGUCUGCAAUGAUGAUACGUCAUUCCGGCAAAUUCGCCGAGUGACUCACCGGGUGAUAAGAGAGAUAUUCUCGCGAUGCACGGCCGUGUGAAGGUACGCACGACAGCGGAGCAGGAGGAGAUAAGAAAGCGAGAAAGGGCUGUCAAGGUUGCACAGUACAGAGCUGACAUCGCCGUGGUGUUCCAAAAGAGAAAAGACAGGUUAUGGGACGACGAGCUGUUGCAAAUCACCAGGCGUUUGCUGCUGAGCAACUCUGAUGUUUAUACACUGUGGAACAUCCGGCGUGAGGUUUUCGAGAAUAACAAAUGGAGUGAGGAAGAUUAUAUCCAGUUGCUUGAGAAUGAAAUGAACCUGACCGAGCAGUGCCUCAGAGAGAAUCCCAAGUCGUACAGUGUGUGGCAUCAGAGAUGUUGGGUAAUGGAACGGAUGCCUGAACCAGAUUGGAAGAGAGAAUUGACCCUAUGUGCAAGAUGUUUAAAUAUAGAUGAGAGAAAUUUUCACUGUUGGGAUUACAGAGAGUUUGUGGUACAAAAAGCUGGGAUCUCUAGCGAGGAGGAAUUCGAAUUUUCGACCACAAAAAUAUUGAGUAACUUUUCAAAUUACUCGUCUUGGCAUUACAGAAGUCGAAUAUUGACCAAAAUGUUUGGAACUAUGUCCGAAGAGAUACCAAUUGUAGACGAUAAAUACAGAGAAGAGCUUGAUCUAGUCAUGAAUGCAACAUUUACCGACCCCAAUGACACCAGCGCGUGGUUCUAUCAAAGAUGGCUUUUAGACAAGUGUAUGACAACCUGUAGAUUGUGGCGUGCUCAAAUUAAGAAAGACAUGGCUGUCGUCGUUAUCGACAAUAAUAUAUUGAUUAAACCAAUUUCACUUUCGUUACUUGUAAAUGAUAAAACUGUCGACGCACAAUGGCAAUUACAUCCGGACGAAAAGUUUGCCAAGCUACGAAUCGCAGAGUUUAGCAGUUCACUAGAAGAUCUGGAUCGUGCCAAAGAGGUUUCUGUGAAAUUGCAAGAGACAUUGUAUCAACUUUCGUAUUCGGAGUUAGAACGUGUAUGGAUUUACAAAGAUAAUUCGAGUUUGCACAAAAAGAAUAGCAACGACGAACAAUUAAAUGAACAGUUGAAAAGCUACAACCAACUUUCCGAAAUGGAACCAAACAACAAGUGGGCCUUAUUAACUGGUGUAUUACUGAUGAAGAAAAUCAAUUUCAAAAAGUUUUAUACCGACAUAUUAAAUAAUCUGUCGGCGUUGUCGAAAAUCGACAGUCUUCGCAAAAAUUAUUACAAAGAUUUGCGAAGUAAACUCUUAGUGGAGUAUAAACUACUAGAAAUAUGGAAGGAAGAAAGCGAUCUAGAAAUACAGUCAAGGAUCGACUUAUCAGGAUUGGACUUAACAAAACUGCACAAUAAUCACUAUUUCAGCUUUUUCGAAGAAGUGAAUCUCGGUGCGAACCAAUUGGAAAAUUCUCUGUAUCAGCUUUCCACGUUACAACAAUGCGUAAAAUUGUCGCUGUCCAGCAAUGGUUUAACAUCAUUGAAACGUUUUCCUAUUCUAUGUAAUCUCGAAGUUCUCUCCUUGCGAAAUAACAAGUUAACAAGCACGAAAGAGAUAAUCAGCUUAAUAAAACAGCAUAAGAAUUUGAAAAGACUAGAUUUACGAGAUAAUUCAGUAUGCGAGGAAAUCGAUAUAGCUGAAAUUCAGAACGCAAAUCCUUAUGUGGACGUAUGUUUAAAAUAACACUUGGGGAAAUAUACUUAAUAGGCAAUAUAUUAAAACAUAUUUAAUAAUUGUAAUUUUCUAUGCAAUCUAUUAUCUGCUGUUGCUACUAUUUUUAUCACAAGAAUAUUAAAUCAAGUUCAAAUAUA